AUGACUCGCAUCUUUCUAACGGGCGGCUCCGGCUAUAUUGGUGGACAGGUACUCCAUACACUUCAGUCAACACACCCCGAGUAUGAAUGCAUUGCUCUCCUACGUGACAGUGAAAAGGCUGCUACUGUCUCAAAAACCUACCCUCGCGUCCGUAUUAUUCUGGGUGACCUCGACUCUACAUCGCUGAUCGAGGAAGAAGCCCGCCAAGCCGAUGUGGUCAUCAAUGCUGCUACUUAUAAGCAUCAGCCCAGCAUUGAAGCCAUUGCUCGUGGCCUAGCCAGCCGCUCCACGCCUGGGCAUUGGAUUCAAAUAUCCGGUGCAAGCAUUCUUUCAAUCCCAGAUAUCGUGAACAAACGCUUUGGAGAGGCGUCUGGCAAACUCUAUGACGAUGUCAAUGAUGCCUCUGAGAUUCGCGACAUAAUUAAACACAACGCAAACACCCGAGUGGCAGAUAACUACCUUGUCAACCUCGCAGGCCCCAAGACAGCAUUGAUCUUUCCUCCCAUAAUCUACGGUCAAGGAGAGGGUCCCGUCAACCAACGCAGUAUUCAAAUCCCAGAGCUUUCUCGAGUGGCGAUUCAGACACGGCAAACCGUUCAAGUGGGUAAGGGCGAAAGCACCUGGAGUAACAUCCACAUCUCGGAUCUAGCCAACGUAUUUGUCGGCUUGGUCGAGAAGGCAGUUGAGGGCGACGAUAAUUCUCUGUGGAAUCAUGAUGGUCUCUACUUUGUUGGUAAUGCCGAUGUGUUGUCAUUUGGCGAAAUUUCUCAGCUGGUAGCUGAGACAGCUCAUGGUCUUGGUUUGACUGACUCAGCUUCAGUCAAGAGCGUUGGUGGCAGCGAUGCUGAUGAGUUGACUGCCAAGGGUAGCGUUUUCUGGGGUACCAAUGCUCGGCAACACUCUCAGAGGGCAGCCAGAUUUCUGGGAUGGAGCCAAAAGGCCCACUCGCUUAAGGAAGAGAUUCCGACUACUGUGAAGGUGAUUCCAGCAAUAAUUCAGAAAUGGCAAGGUCCACACGAGCGCGUACCCGCCGAUCUCACAUUUUGGGCGGAUGUGUUACCUGCAGGCGUCGACACGUCAAAUGCGAUCAAAGACGGCCCGUGUGUCGCACUUGUCGGAAUAUCGGUGCUCCAUGUGAGGGAUUCUCUGAUCAGCUUCUUUGGGUGCAUGGGGAUCAUAAUGCGGAGGUGGCAGAAGAUGGACCCCGGGCGACUCGUCGGCAUCUCUACACGGAAGGACCGUCUAUCUAUGACUGCUCAUCUAAAAAGCAAUCUUCUUUCUGGUUCAAUUGACCUCUCACUAGCCGAAAUCGAGCUAAGAUCUCGAGACUGCGAUUAUGCGACAGAUGACAAUGUUGUCAUUGGGCCUUUUGGAGUGCUCAAUUUCGCUUCCAACACAGAAACACAAGAUCAGCCGCCCUCUGAGUUCUUAUCCCAAAUAGAAACUCAACCUUUAGUUGAACCCUCUGUCUUGCAGGAGGAUGGAGCUUUUACGGUAGACCCUGGUCCAGUCAUGGCUUCGGCAGAUGCUGUCGUCACAGAAGGAAUCCAGGAUACUAGCCCGCAUUCGAUCAUAGAUUCUCUAUCAGGGAUGAACGAUUUUCUUCACUGGUCUGACUUACUAAGUUUUGAUAUUGAUCCGUCAGGAUUAGCAAAAUAUCCCACUUUGAGCAUGCAGCCCGACAUGUCGAUUGAUCUCGACAACGAGACAGGUUUGAUGCCGCUCACUUCCAGUACGAACAAUGGAUCCAUGACACAUUUGCUUUCCGAUCAAACGUCAAUUGAUUUGGUAUCUGCUGUACCCGAUCUUCUUCACAAUGCCCAAUUCCUGUUGAAGCACUUCCAAGAUGUCGUGAUACCCCACAUUAUGGCAAUUCCUUUUGGACUCAAAUCACCAUGGAAGAUGUUGAACUUACCUGCUGCGGUAGUCACUUUUGGCGACUCUACUUUCCUUGGGACGGAUGGUGUCAGUCACGCCCGGCUUGCCAAUCUCUUCGGAAUUAUUGCCUGCUCUGCUCUAGAUUUGGCUUUGAGGCCACAUGAUGGAAUAUUGGAGUCCAGUGAUCAUUGGCACUAUACUGCAACCCAGCUGUACCAAAACGCAAAAGACCACAUGCAGAUAUCACUGCAACAUGAAACUCAAGGUCCAAGGAAAGCCAAAUAUAAGGACCAGCUGAUGUCUGCAAAUAUUUUAACACAAUAUGCGAUCUUGUCAGGGCAGCAGCAGCAUGCACGUUGUUUUUUAAUAGAUGCCGAGCAGCUUCUACGACUUCGUGGGUUGUCUAAAACCCGAAUUUCCAAAAAGGCCCGUCUUUUGCAUCAUGUCUACACAUGGUUAAGAAUUCUUGGAGAGAGCACCUUCGUUCUUCACGACUAUGGCCUAUCCUAUUCAUGUCUCGAUAAUCUCGGAUCUUCAAGUCAAACUCAUGCACCUAGAGCCAUUGGGGAUGCUAGCCCUGUACAAAGCGAGCCUAAUCCACGUCUUGAUGACUUUCUUCGCCUGGGGAAUCAAAAUUCCGAUAAUGACCUCAAUAUCGACGAGCCCAAAGAUCGCGCAUCUGGAUACAAUGAUAUCCAUCUACACGACUCCCGCAGCUUUUCUGAGCAGCUUUACAAGCAAAUAUAUGGCAUUCCGGAAACAUGGCUCAGUCUCAUAUCACAAACAACCAGACUCGCAAACGUCAUGGAAACUUUCAGAGUCGCCAGAAGCUCGGGUAAGGCCGUUAGCAUGGAGGUCUGGGAAAAGUUACAGCGCCGAAGUAUGCGAUUGGAGAAUAUGAUCUGCUCGUUGAACUUAGGCCGUAACAGAGCACAUUCUACCGACCUGCAAAGUCUUUCUAAGCCCCACGCCUGUAUGCUGGAAGCGUUAAACCAGGCACUUAUGAUCUUCUUUUAUCGCCGCAUUCGCAACGUCCACCCUGCUGUAUUGCAAGGGCAUGUUGACAACGUUAUCAAUGCAUUAGAAGAGUGCAAUGACACAUUGUCAAAGGAUGUGCAAGCCGGUCCUGGAACUGCUUGGCCGAUUUUUAUUGCGGGAAGUGAAGCCCUCACCAACACAAGGCGAGAGGGUAUCUUGAGAUGGCUGGAUAACGCAAGUUCAAAAUGUGGAUGCACUUCAUUUGCCACGGCGCGAGACGUCAUGAUGAAGGUUUGGCGAAUGCAAGAUGAACACCUGAUAGAGAACCGGGGAGACCCGAUGCUAUCGUGGACUGAUGUUGUUAAAAAAGAACAGAUAUGGCCCUUAUUCUUUUGA